AGGCGAACUUGUCAAGAACCAAAGCAGUUGCACCUUUCUCUUGGAGCAGUUUAGGAAGUUAUCAGCUCCAAUCAGACAUGAUGUGGAAGAUGACGCGAUAUAUUUUGCUGAUUCUAUGAAGGAUUGGUUGAAGGGUUAUACAACUCCUGCAGAUAUUUUUGAAUUUUUGCAGUUUUUAGCUGCGUUCAAGUUAGCAGGUCGCUAUAAUGCAGAUGAGCUUCUCUCCCUUCUUGGUUGUUUGUAUGGUGGGGGUGAGGUUUACCAGCAUGAGAAGCAAGCAUCAUUAUGCGGUGCAUUGGGACUUUUAGAGAAGAUUCCUGGUAUGCUCAUCCAGCUCGCUCCUAAAAAAAACUUGCUAAUAUACCCCUUUGAUCUUCACAAUCUCUGCUGUUAAGAGUUAUUGAGAAUGUUUCUUUCAUUAUUUUUCUCUAAAAUUCCAUGGUAUCGUGUUGUCUCCAGUUUGGCUUAUAUGCCCGAUUCAACUAUCAUCCGAGUGUACAUCAAUGGUUCUAGUUGCUCUUUAGACAUAUUGUUACAUUAUCUGAUUAUUGUACCUGUUUUUUUUUUUUCUCUUGGCAUUGAGCAGGUGUUGUCAAAUCUCUUAUUGAAGGAAAGAAGCUGCUUUUGGCAGUUAAGUACAUUUGUGUUUUUAAGCUCGAAUGUAAGUUCCUGCCAGUGCCUCUGCUAGAAUCUCAUUUGCACCUGUCAAUGAAAAGGGUGAAUGAGAAAUGCAAUGAUGGAAAUCUUAAAUCAAAGAUCCAAGCCGAUUUGCAGGAAUUGGACAUUCUUCGAGAAGUAACUACAUGCAUUGCAACUUUUAAGCUUCAGUCAAAAUUCCCACCGGGCAUCCUUCUACAACGCAUCAAGGAGUUGGAGAAGCAGAUAAGUAAGAGAAGAAAGUCUGCUGAUGCUUUUACAUCAUUGAAGAAACGCAGUGCAUCUGUAGCAAGUCCAAAGCAGCUACAAAAGCGUCCUCGACUGGGAAAUGUUUAACUCUAACUUGUGCCAUAUUCAUUUGGACAUGAUGCAACUUAUAUCAAGUCAAAUGUACAAUUGUACAACCUGCAUACAUAGGCAUGUUACAUGUACAUUAGUGUUGUAAAACUGAAAAGCUGUACA